ACACAGCAACACUGGAAUAGCUCGCUGGCCGGAUCAGUUGAGCGAAAAGAAUUCCAGAGCAAGCAGCCACCAAGGAUACCAAGGAUUAGGAAUGUAUUCCUCGGUCUUGAUAACAAUCUUUGCAAAUGCUAACGACUUAGCUCAGAAGGACCUCACAUCAACUACUGCCACAGAAUGCAAUCUGCUUGGAAACGGAAUGCCUGAGGAGAACCACUUAGGUUUACUUACAAAGAUCUGCGAAUUGGCUCAGAAGUCCUUGACAUCAACUAAUGGCAAAAAAGCCAAUCUGCUUGGAAAGGUUGUUACAGCCAGCGCUCUCAUGCUCGAUAAACCAUCAGGUGGCGUUUCCAAGCUUCUUGUGGGAGGAGGAUGGAUGCUCUCCAAUACGGGGAAGGUGGUGGAUUGUUGCAUGGCCUAUCCUGAGCAACUGAGCUUGUGCCUAACGGAGGCGGAAGAAAAUGUCAAUCCUCUUUUUAUUGAAAACCAAGUUGCGGAAUUCACAAAACUUAUGACAUCUAAUCGCUUAGAAAUAGUUAAAGCCGUGUUUAGUCUAAAAGAAGGUUACACAAUUAUGAAAGAAGGCGUUAACGUAAUCACAAAAAUUGGUUUCAAAGAAGCUGGUAAGUUGCUACUUUUUGAGGGAAUUCCUACAAUCGGGAAACUAGCGCUAAAAAUGCAGUUUAAGCAGCUGUUUAGACUUGGUUUAAGGGCCUUACCGCAGCUAUUUGUUCCAUGUGUGGGGGGGAUACCUGGCAUUUGCCUUGAACUUCUAGCGAGUUACUUUGAAGUAGAUAAGUAUAUCUCAUCAUGGGUUGGAGAUUUAGGUGACAAAAUUGGCUCUGGUAUCACAAGCUGGUUACGAAGUAUUUGGUAGGUGGUUAAGCAGCAAGAGACUCUUCAAACUGUUGAAAACAAAGUGAGUUUCUUGUAAGUUGUUUUCGACUGUUAUAUCUCUCUUAGUCCAAUAUCAUUCUUAGUAUGACUAUUGUUGUCCUUAUAUUUUUUCUUUCUCAUUCCGUUUUAAUUCUACUUUAAAAUGUAUGAGAAACUUCCUCUGUCGUUAACUCGAAGAAAAGUGAGACGCAAGGAGGAUCUCUAUAAAAAUGCUGAUUACAAAUAGGUAUUUUGUCUGUGAUCGAUAGAACAGAACGUGUUUAUAAGUGAGAACUUUGUGCAUUAGAAAUGGCAGAUUACUUACCAGUUUGGUCUAAAACUGUCUCAAAGCUUUUGUGUUUUUCUCUCUUGGAGAUUCUUCGUUUUGAAGUAUGCUAGUUAGUUCUGUAAUGUAGGGCAAUUUAGUUCUGUAGCUAACAUAAACCAAGUCUUCGCAAACAAGAUACGGAUACAGUGAAUCAAGAGUAUUAUCUUUUCUUUCUCAAAUAGAUGAUGCUGUCAUGCGGUAAGUAAACAUUAUAACGAAAUGCCUUCUCCUCUUCGGGACCUCUUUUGAAUGUUUUUGAAGAAUCAUUAUUGUUAAUGUAGUCAUAGUCUUUCUUUUAAGGUGUAUUGAUAAUUGCCGAUCCGACUGAUUUAAGGCCAAGCACCUGGGUUAAAAUUGUCGAAAAUUUUAAGAUUUAGCCAUUUUGAGAUUACUUCAUGUUGUGAAAGUUCAAAGUCUGUUCUAUUCACUCACCAAGUGAUUUUUCAUAGAACAAUCUAGAAAUAUGUCUAUUUCGUCAAUAAAAACAUCUACUUCUAUCCUAUUUACUUUUCCCGAGCGCAGAAUUAGCGAGAAUAGCGAAUGUUUGGGACAUAGCAACACACUCGCCCACGUGCGAAACAUCGUCACAUCGCAUACCGAACGAAAGGUCACUGCGUGUACUUUCAAACAAAGGCUGUGUCAAAACCCAUAGAAGGCCCCACGCUAUGAUACAAGCUCUUUUGUAGACCACACAAAGAGUCGGAAACUUCCUUAUAUGGACGCAUGUGUAACAUACUUAGCAUAUAGCCAAUCAGAUUUCACUAACGCCGACCUUCACGUGGUCAUAGGUCACACGAACACACUUCGGCAGUGCUCGGGUAUCCCACAAGGCAACUGUCAUGGCCUCCGGAUGUAAACAAUGUCGACACUAAUUCAAAGCAUUUUCUGGGAUAUUUUCGUUCUAAGACAUUAACGCUUUAUAUUAAAUGUUCAUUGUGCCUGUCAGACGCUCAUUUCUUCUCACAAUACCACGUG